UCCCGCUCUUCCGCGCGCUCCAACACACACACACACACACACACACACACACACACCACAAAAAAAAAAAAAUAGAAAACACGAUGAAUACUCAGACUGCGGGUCUUCACAGAGUCUCACGGCAGUCGGUUGCUCCAAAGACCCUCUUUAUCCUAAUUAUCAUUGUUGUGCUCAUAUUUGUGAUAUAUUUCCUGACUGGUUUAAAACCUGUGAAAUAUUACAAGCCAAACUAUGUUUACCCUCACUGGAAAAAGUCAAACCUUACGGCAUGCGGAAGGAAAGUAAUAUAUGACCCAAUCAUUAAAGUCACCAAUCUUAAAACAUACAUGGUUGGCUCCUACAUAGAGCACCGACAGGAGGUGAAAAUGAUACGGACAAUUGCUAUAGUGCAUCGCAGUGAAAAUGCAAAGUAUCAAUGCAUGCUGUGCUGCAGUGGAACGAAGGUGUCAGUAUCUGCUACUUUAAACAUGCACUCUGAUCACUUUGGGUUUGAUUACGGCACUGCUGAUAUUAUAUGCAAAAUACCGGAAGAGUGUCCAACACCAGAACAUGUGGCUAUCACUUCCAAAUCACCUAAAGAGAAUGGAUUAUUGCAGUAUAUUCAUGCCUUCCAACCUGUUAGGAAUCAACAGAAACAAGAAGUCUUUCGCUAUGAAUUCACAGUUUGCAUUUCUGCCAUGUAUGACUAUGAGAAUGUAUUGCUGCUUGUGCAGGCCAUGGAGAUGUACAGGAUACUCGGUGUCCAGAAGGUAGCUAUUUACAAAACCAACUGCAGUAAUGUUACACAGAAGGUCCUGGAUUAUUACAUCAGUCAGGACUUUGUGGAGCUCAUCCCUUGGAGUGUAUCGUCCUACAUUAAUGUGUCCAGAGGCUGGAGGAAGUGGGAAUCGCCAGGGGAACUACACUACUUUGGGCAAAUCGCAGCACUUAAUGACUGUUUGUAUCGUUAUAUGUACAAGAGUCACUAUGUAGCUCUUCAAGAUAUGGAUGAAUUCAUUCUACCUUUGAAUUUAAGCAAUUGGACAGAGCUUCUGCCUGAAUUGGAGAGGAAAUAUGGUCAGGGGGUGGGCUUUGAGUUUGAGAAUAAUUUGUUUCCCAUUAACUUGAAGGAUCCAAAAUCUGAGUAUUCACCAGACUUCUGGAAGAAGGUUCCAGGACAAAACAUUUUAGAAUAUGUUCAUAGGUUAAGAAACGAUCCUUCACAAUUCAAUGAUUUCAAAGUUAUUAUAAAUCCUCGUCUAGUAUUUGAAACUACAGUCCAUGGAUUGUUGAAAUCAAUGAAUGGUGCUGUGAGAGUGAAACCUGAAGUUGCUCGCAUGUAUCACAUAAGGAAAUUUAAGAAAGAGGGCACGUUAACAGGUAACCCCAUACUGGACCCACAUCUCAGAGACUAUGCAGAUAGGCUGAUACCUGCUGUUUCUGAAGUGCUUCAGAAAGCACUAAAAUUGCCAAAAGUGUAAAAAAGGUCUGUGACAACUAUAUGUAAAAAGUAUGGUCAUGAUAUGUUAAGAGUAAAAAAGCCAUUUUAUCUAAACAUGCCAAGCAAAUCUAAACAUACCAAAUGCACUCUGGUAAAGCUGGAGAGUUUAGCUGAAUUGUACAAGACAGGAAGCAGUACAUUUCCAAAUAAAGUGUGCCUGAAUUAAACCAAUUGUAAUAAGAGAUUAAAAUUAAGGUUUCCAAAGGCAUUUGUACACAAAUUGCAAACUGCAAAUCUUUUGGUAGGAAUCAGUUUGACAGGAAUCAAAUAUCUCUACAAAUCUCUACAUAUCUCUAAAAUAUGUUCAAUAUGCACUCCUGAAAUGCAUUUAAAUCAUCAAUUGUGCCUCAGCAAAAGCAGUGCAGAUCAUCCUACACAGGGUCAGAGGGAAUCUGAAGUCUGUCCAAAGAGACUCCCAAAAGCAGUGGACAUCCUGAAUGGGGUACCAGAUUCACACACAAUAGACAAUUUAGAGAUGCUUGAGAAGACAUGAAGGGGCUUCAUAUUGCAGGAAUUACAUGUGUAUAUAUAUAUAGAUCCCAGAUCCCAGUUUCAACCAGAUCUCACACAUACCUGUGUCCAGGAUUACCAGACAUCCUUUAAGCCUUAGCAGCACUGUUGUGAAAAUAAGUUUUCUUGCUGAUAAAAUUAAACAUUCUGUUUGUAUAUAAAAUUCACCAAUGUAAAUAUGUAUCAUAGCAUGCUAGAUGAAGAAGAAGCAGUGUGUGCUAUUUGCUACAGAUCAUAUGGGCUCUGUUGUCUCCAAUCCCUUUGGUAGUCACUGCACCAUGUCAUUCUGUACUUUAACAAAAAAUUAAGUUUAACCUUUUUCAGCUUUACUGCAUUGCUGGAAAAGGUCACAGUCACAUUGCCCCCAAAAACAUGUUAUGUCUGAAGUUCAAAGACACUCACUGUCCACUUCAAAAUGCUUUUUAAAAAAACUGCUAUGUUUUUAUCCUGGGAAUUAUUGACAAUUUGCUUGUACUGAAUAUCCUUUCAACAUAUUCUGUAAUGUUUUAAUGUGCCUUUGUCUUUUCUACUGUUAUCUGCUUAUUAGGGAUCUAGAAAUAAAAUUAAUUUUAAUAGUUUAGUGAAAAGUCCAUGCACAAUGACACGCAUUGCAAAAAGUAAUAUAUUUUACAUAAAAAAAUAAAUAAAUAAAAAACAAAAUCUCAUUACUCCCUUAUGUAAAAUAAAUUGUUUUAUAAACUUCCACAGACAUUGGUUUCAGAUGGCGGUCCAACCGAUCCAUUCUUUGAUGAAAACGGUUGUUAUUCUAAGCAAACUAGUUAAUAUAGAAUACCUAAUCUGUGUUUAUGUAAGAAAAAGAUGUGAUCCAUCUCUCUUUCUCUCUUUUUUUGACUUGUGAGCUAAGCUGUUUUGAAAGUUUACCAUUAGUGUUCCAUUGGAAUAAAGCAGCUAUUUGAAGCCUCACUGACAAUUUUUCCAAAUGUACCAAUAUAUAAAAACUGGUAAUCUAUAUCAUGGUUGUUGGAUAAGAUAUUGUUCUGAAAAAUUUGCAUCAGUUUUCAUAUAUUAUUUAUUAUUAUUUAUUAUACCCUGGUAGGAUGAAAUAAAAACAGAACCAUUUAGAAAUA